AUGCCCGUCACUCUUAUCACAGCUGAGCAUCCCUCUAACGCAUGGCGAUACCCAAAAGUCCCCACUGCUGAAGAGUUAUUCGAAUACUCAUGUCGCGAAGAACAUCGCCGCUGCCAGAAUUUGAUACAAGACUCAUACCCGACGAAUCUCUUCAACACCUCUCAUAUCUCGCCCUCCGAGCAUGGCUUUGUCUGGGCCGCGGUCCACGCCUACAAGAAAUCAUCAUCACUUGACCAUACGCCCUGA